AUGCACCUUGUCCUGUCUGACUCGGAAGGUGAGGACAGCAAUGACGAAGAAAGCAUUCCGGACUUGGACAAAAGUAUGGUUUGUGAAAGUGAUCACGAAGCGGAUUUCGAAGAACCAUCAGAGGAUGUACCGUUCGCUGUUGUGACUGACGAAGCUGAAGAUGCCAUCAAGUUCGUUGACUUCAUUGACUCUGAGUGGUCAACUGAGCUGAAGAUUGUGCUUCUUGGGAAAACCGGUGCCGGAAAGAGCAGCGCAGGAAACACAAUUCUGGAACAAAAGUUACCGAAAGACAGUUACAAAAAGUUUGAGCAAUCAAGCUCUGCUACAUCCCUAACACUAGAUUGUACAUGUUUUGAAGGGGAAGCUAAUGGGGAAAAAAUUAAAAUCAUUGACACACCUGGGAUCUUUGACACUGACAGGUCUGAGAAAGAUCUGAAAUAUGCAUUAGUAUCAUGUUUAACUGAGUGUGCCCCAGGACCUCAUGCCUUCAUCAUAGUGCUGAAAGUAGAUCGACACACCAAAGAGGAGGAAGAUGCCUUGAAAAAGAUACAGAAGUGGUUUGGGAAGGAAGCCCUCAAGCAUGCAAUUGUCCUUUUCACCCAUGGUGACAAGCUUGAUGAUGACAGGACCAUUGAAACUCAUAUACAAGCAAAUGAUCACUUGAGAGAUUUUGUUAAAAGCUGUGGAAAUCGAGCUCAUGUCAUUGACUGUAAGUACUGGAACAGUAAUCCUACAUACAGGAGCAACAGAUUUCAGGUUUCAGAGCUGUUUUCAACUAUAGAUAAGAUAAGGAAAGAUAAUGGGGGUAAGUUCUACACAAAUAAAUCCCUUGAGACACUGGCAGAAGCCAUAAAGGCAGAGGUGCAGAACAUAAUGAAGGAAACAGGAGUGGAAGUGGAAACACCAGAGAUCAGAAAACGAGCACGAGAGAGGCUGGACUUCUAA